GCCCCACACUGUGGUUUGCAGAACCUUAGUCUAUGAGAGAGAAGGAAUUGUCCACAGGAAGAAAGGCUCCACAGGCAAAUCACUUGAGGAAACGCUGAGCUAAACAUGGUACAGCAGGCAGAGCGCAGCGGAGGCCUCUGUCGCUCGCCGCCAUGCCGUUCCCCUUUGGAAAGUCGCACAAGUCCCCGGCAGACAUUGUGAAGAACCUGAAGGAGAGCAUGGCUGUUCUGGAAAAGCAAGACGUCUCUGACAAAAAGGCAGAAAAGGCCACAGAAGAAGUUUCCAAAAACCUGGUGGCCAUGAAGGAGAUCCUGUACGGCACCAACGAGAAGGAGCCGCAGACGGAAGCGGUGGCCCAGCUUGCCCAGGAGCUCUACAACAGCGGCCUCCUCGGCACGCUGGUCGCCGACCUGCAGCUCAUUGACUUUGAGGGCAAAAAAGACGUGGCUCAGAUUUUCAACAAUAUUCUCAGAAGACAAAUUGGGACAAGAACACCUACUGUUGAAUACAUCUGCACCCAACAGAAUAUUCUGUUCAUGUUAUUGAAAGGGUAUGAAUCGCCAGAGAUCGCGCUCAACUGUGGAAUCAUGUUACGAGAGUGCAUCCGACACGAACCGCUUGCAAAAAUCAUUUUGUGGUCAGAACAGUUUUAUGAUUUCUUCCGAUAUGUGGAAAUGUCAACCUUUGACAUAGCUUCAGAUGCAUUCGCCACUUUCAAGGACCUGCUCACCAGACACAAGCUGCUCAGUGCCGAGUUCCUGGAGCAGCACUACGACCGGUUCUUCAGCGAAUAUGAGAAGCUUCUUCAUUCAGAAAACUACGUGACGAAACGGCAGUCCCUCAAGCUUCUCGGCGAGCUGCUGUUAGACAGACACAACUUCACAAUAAUGACAAAGUACAUCAGUAAACCCGAGAACCUCAAGCUCAUGAUGAACCUGCUCCGGGACAAGAGCCGGAACAUCCAGUUUGAGGCCUUUCACGUGUUUAAGGUGUUUGUUGCCAACCCCAACAAGACCCAGCCCAUCUUGGACAUCCUCCUCAAGAACCAGACCAAACUCAUCGAGUUCCUCAGCAAGUUCCAGAACGACAGGACCGAGGACGAGCAGUUUAACGACGAGAAGACCUACUUGGUAAAGCAGAUCCGGGAUUUGAAGAGACCCGCCCAGCAAGAAGCCUAAUUUCCAAUAAACAGCUAAAAUCAUUAAA